AUGGUGCGAAAGCCUUCUUUUCUUCGUUUUCCCUUCAGGAUGGCAUUCUUCAAAUAUCUUCGCUCUGUUAAGGACGACUUCAUUCUCUUUUUGACUCCAUUUAUUCUUCUUCCUCUGCCUUUAGUGAUUGGGACAUCGGAGGCAGAAUGUGCCUACGUGAUCAUCCUGAUGGCUGUUUACUGGUGCACAGAGGUCCUUCCUCUGGCUGUGACUGCUCUGCUCCCAGCCCUCCUCUUCCCCCUUUUUGGCAUUAUGACAUCCAAAGAUGUGUGUAUGCAGUUCCUGAAAGACACAAACUUGUUGUUUGUGGGGGGGCUGAUGGUUGCAGUGGCCGUGGAGCACUGGAAUCUACACAAGCGCAUCGCCUUGAGGGUGCUGCUUCUUGUUGGUGUGCGUCCAGCCCUAUUAAUGUUGGGUUUCAUGGGUGUCACUGCCUUUUUGUCCAUGUGGAUAAGCAACACAGCAACCACUGCCAUGAUGGUGCCAAUCGUCCAAGCAGUGCUGGAGCAGCUCAACAACACUGAUGCAGAGUUUCCUCAGAUCCUCAGCUCAGAUGAGCAGGUCCAGACAUCAGAGAGCGAUACUAAGCAGCCUCCACAGACAGAGAAACAGAACGACGGGCAAGGUCCAUUGGUGGUGACAUUUUUGGAUGCCAGCGUGGAGGCUGCCCGGCAAAAAGAAGCAGCAGAAAGGAGGAAAAUGUGUAAAGGGAUGACACUGUGUGUUUGCUAUGCUGCCAGCAUCGGAGGCACCGCCACACUGACAGGAACUGGACCUAAUCUAGUCCUCAAAGGCCAAAUGAACCAACUCUUUCCCGAAAACGGGGAUGUGAUUAACUUUGCCUCCUGGUUCGGCUUUGCCUUCCCCAACAUGAUCCUCAUGCUCACGUUGGCCUGGCUUUGGCUGCAGUUUGUCUUCAUGGGAUUCAACUUUAAGAAGACAUGGGGCUGUGGGGCUGUGAAGACAGAGAAGGACAUAGCUGCCUAUAAUGUGAUCAGGGAACAGCAUCGUCUGCUGGGGCCCAUGACAUUCGGCGAGAUCAGUGUGCUGGGUCUUUUUAUCCUGCUGGUAGUACUGUGGUUCACGAGGGACCCAGGUUUUGUUCAUGGGUGGGCCACUACUAUCUUCAAUUCCAAAGCAGAGUAUGUGACAGAUGCUACAGUGGCAAUCUUUGUUGCUAUUCUUCUGUUUGUUCUGCCCUCUAAACCUCCACGACUUUGCUCUCGGAGGUCUCAUAGUUUUGAUACAGUUCCCCGUCAAUCCUAUGGCCCAACUCCACGUCUACUCACCUGGAAAGUUGUCCAAAAGAAGUUACCCUGGGGCAUUGUGCUUCUUCUCGGAGGAGGUUUUGCUCUGGCAAAGGGCAGUGAAGAUUCAGGGCUCUCAAAGUGGAUGGGAGAUCAAAUGACCCCCCUGCAAACCAUCCCUCCCUGGGCGAUAGCUAUCAUCUUGUGCCUACUGAUUGCUACCUUCACUGAGUGCACCAGUAAUGUGGCAACAGCAACGCUCUUCCUACCUGUCUUAGCCUCAAUGUCUCAGUCUAUUGGGAUGAAUCCACUCUACGUCAUGGUGCCUUGUACACUGAGUGCCUCUUUUGCCUUCAUGCUGCCUGUUGCUACGCCUCCAAACGCUAUAGUUUUCUCCUAUGGAUACCUCAAGGUUGCUGACAUGGCCAGGACAGGAAUUGUCAUGAACAUCAUCGGCAUCAUUUGUAUCACUCUGGCCAUAAACAGCUGGGGCAAGGCCAUGUUUGACCUGGACUCCUUCCCUGCAUGGGCGAACGUCACAGGGGUUUGAGCCUGGUUCUACCACAGGAGAUGAUCCAUGCACACCCUGCCCUCCCUCUCUACAUGUGCCGGACAAAGACCUCUGGUCAGAGCGACAGCACAACACCACAUGGUGGAUUACGGGCUUCUGAUUGCUGCUAGAUUACAAGCUCCUCAAUGCUUGUUUUCACUGACACCUGCGUGCUGCUUGUCAAAGACAGGGGUGAUGAAUGCGAAUGAAAGAAGUGUGGUGAAAUAAUUUUUUAUGACAUUUUUAUUUAUAUUUAUGUAUAGAGAGACUUUCAAACCUUAUAAGCUGCCAUCCUUGAAACAGCAUUCAGCUCCACUCAUUUAAUAGGAAAUCAAAGGAAGGGCUAAUCUGAGGUCAGAGUUAUUAUAAAGUUUUUACAUAGUUUAGCUACAUCUAGAUAGAUAAGAGCCACACUUUAACUGAAGAGCUUAACUCAGCACAUUUACUCAAAAAUGGCUUUUUUAUGUUUUUCUGCAGGGUUUUCUUUUUUGCUUCAACACAGUUAAAAACUCACCCCUUUACUUUAUUCAUCUAUAUCAUGUUAUUUCCUAUAUUUCUAUUGAUUUUAGAUUGACUUCAAAUAAAUUAGCCCUAUUUCAGCAAAAUAUAAAAAAAAUGUCAUCCAGUUAAUUACAAAGGGUAUAACUCUCAUAAGUGAUGCCUAAUAAGUACAUUUAUCAAUAAUAUAAUUAUUUUUAAUUUUUUUUACUUUGGGUAGAAAUUGAAUACAAGAAUGUGACUGGCAUAUUUCUGUCAUUAUUCUGGUUCAGCCUCUAUCACUGUGUUUAACAACAGCUGCGUAUGCUUCUUUGAUAUUUACAGAUACUGGGAUAAAAUGUACAGUAGACAAGCAACUGACACAUAACUAAACAUGUUCUUUUGCUCCCUUUGUAUCCAGAUUGACCCUUGUGUUGACACAUUCUGUAUCAGGGCUGAUGCAUUACAUUUCCAGCAUCAGUUGAACUUUGAAAUGUGUCAUCGAUACACAGCAGGAAACAUGUGCUUUAAACAAACAAAGUGUAAUGUAGAGCAGACACAUUUUUGAUAUUUUGGAUCAAUACAUUUUGUGCUGGCAUUGUGAAAUGUCUCACUGCAGUAUGAUUUCU